CCGAGCGAGCGAGCGCAGCGGCCCGGGCCGGCGGACAGGCGGGCGGGCGUCUGCGAGCAUGGUCUUGGUCCUGCACCACAUCCUCAUCGCUGUUGUCCAAUUCCUCAGGCGGGGCCAGCAGGUCUUCCUCAAACCCGACGAGCCGCCGCCGCCGCAGCCAUGCACCGACAACCUGCAGGAUGCUUUGCUGAGCCUGGGCGCUGUCAUCGAUGUUGCUGGCUUGCGGCAGGCUGCCAAGAAUGCGCUCUCAGCUGUGCUCCCCAAAGUGGAGACUGUCUACACCUACCUGCUGGAUGGGGAGUCCCAGCUGGUGUGUGAGGACCCCCCACAUGAGCUGCCACAGGAAGGGAAAGUCUGGGAGGCAGUGAUCUCCCGGAAGCGGCUGAGCUUCAAUGGGCUGGGCUCCUCGGACCUGCCAGGGAAGCCCUUGGCCAGGCUGGUGGCUCCACUGGCUCCUGAAACCCAAGUGCUGGUCAUACCGCUGGUGGACAAGGAGGCAGAGGUGGUGGCAGCUGUCAUCUUGGUGCACUGUGGCCAGCUGAGUGACAAUGACGAGUGGAAUUUGCAGGCAGUGGAGAAGCACACCCUGGUGGCCCUGCGGAGGGUGCAGGCCCUGCAGCAGCGUGGGCCCAGUGCGACCCUUGGAGAGAUCCAGAAUUCCCUGGUGGAGGUGUCAGAAAACCAGAAGGACAAAGUGGAAUAUACGGACCAAGAUAGAAAGAUCCUGCAACUGUGUGGGGAACUGUACGACCUGGAUGCCACCUCUCUACAGCUUAAAGUCCUCCAAUAUCUGCAACAGGAGACCCAGGCAUCGCGAUGCUGCCUUCUGCUAGUAUCAGAGGACAACCUGCAGCUUUCCUGCAAGGUCCUUGGAGAUAAAGUGCUAGGGGAAGAGAUCAGCUUUCCUUUGACCAUGGGACGCCUGGGCCAGGUGGUUGAAGACAAAAAGUCCAUCCAGCUGAAGGACCUUACCUCUGAGGAUGUGCAACAGUUACAAAGCAUGCUGGGCUGUGAGCUUCAGGCCAUGCUUUGUGUCCCUGUCAUCAGCCGGGCCACUGACCAGGUGGUGGCAUUGGCCUGCGCCUUCAACAAGCUGGGAGGAGACUUGUUCACAGACCUUGAUGAACAUGUGAUCCAGCACUGCUUCCACUAUACAGGCACAGUGCUCACCAGCACCUUGGCCUUCCAGAAGGAGCAGAAGCUCAAGUGUGAGUGCCAGGCCCUUCUCCAAGUGGCGAAGAACCUCUUCACUCACCUAGAUGAUGUCUCUGUCCUGCUCCAGGAGAUCAUCACAGAGGCCAGAAACCUCAGCAACGCAGAGAUCUGCUCCGUGUUCCUGCUGGAUCAGAAUGAACUGGUGGCCAAGGUGUUCGAUGGGGGCGUGGUGGACGAUGAGAGCUACGAGAUCCGCAUUCCGGCCGACCAGGGCAUCGCGGGCCACGUGGCAACCACGGGCCAGAUCCUGAACAUCCCUGAUGCGUAUGCCCACCCGCUUUUCUACCGCGGCGUGGACGACAGCACUGGAUUCCGCACGCGCAACAUUCUCUGCUUCCCCAUUAAGAACGAGAAUCAGGAGGUAAUCGGUGUGGCCGAGCUAGUGAACAAGAUCAAUGGUCCAUGGUUCAGCAAGUUCGACGAGGACCUGGCCACCGCCUUCUCCAUCUACUGCGGCAUCAGCAUCGCCCAUUCCCUCCUAUACAAAAAAGUAAAUGAGGCCCAGUAUCGCAGCCACCUGGCCAAUGAGAUGAUGAUGUACCACAUGAAGGUCUCUGACGAUGAAUAUACCAAACUUCUCCACGAUGGGAUCCAGCCUGUGGCUGCCAUUGACUCCAACUUUGCCUGUUUCACCUACACUCCUCGCUCUCUGCCUGAGGAUGACACAUCCAUGGCCAUCCUGAGCAUGCUGCAGGACAUGAAUUUCAUCAAUAACUACAAAAUUGACUGCCCGACACUGGCCCGGUUCUGCUUGAUGGUGAAGAAGGGCUAUCGAGAUCCACCCUACCAUAACUGGAUGCAUGCCUUUUCUGUCUCUCACUUCUGCUACCUGCUCUACAAGAACCUGGAGCUCACCAACUACCUCGAGGACAUCGAGAUCUUUGCCUUGUUUAUUUCCUGCAUGUGUCACGACCUGGAUCACAGAGGCACAAACAACUCCUUCCAGGUGGCCUCGAAAUCUGUGCUGGCUGCACUCUACAGCUCCGAGGGCUCUGUCAUGGAGAGGCACCACUUUGCUCAGGCCAUCGCCAUCCUCAACACCCACGGCUGCAACAUCUUCGAUCACUUCUCCCGGAAGGACUAUCAGCGCAUGCUGGACCUGAUGCGAGACAUCAUCCUGGCCACAGACCUGGCCCACCACCUCCGCAUCUUCAAAGACCUCCAGAAGAUGGCUGAAGUGGGCUAUGACCAAACCAACAAACAGCACCACCGGCUCCUCCUCUGCCUCCUGAUGACCUCUUGUGACCUUUCUGACCAGACCAAGGGCUGGAAGACCACCCGGAAGAUCGCAGAGCUGAUCUACAAAGAAUUCUUCUCCCAGGGAGACUUGGAGAAGGCCAUGGGCAACAGGCCAAUGGAGAUGAUGGACCGGGAGAAGGCCUACAUCCCUGAGCUGCAGAUCAGCUUCAUGGAGCACAUCGCAAUGCCUAUCUACAAGCUGUUACAAGACCUGUUCCCCAAGGCAGCAGAGCUGUAUGAGCGCGUGGCCUCCAACCGUGAGCAUUGGACCAAAGUGUCCCACAAGUUUACCAUCCGCGGCCUCCCAAGCAACAACUCGCUGGACUUCCUGGAUGAGGAAUAUGAGGUGCCUGAUUUGGAUGGCACGAGGGGCCCUGUCAAUGGCUGCUGCAGCCUGGACGCUGAGUGAUGCCCUCCCAGGAUCCUCCUGCCCAGCUCUCCUCCACAGCCCUCUACCAGUCUGGCCUGAAGCACUGGGAACCAGAGCCAUGGGUCCUGGCUGCUAGACCAGGACUUCCUGUGUGAGCUGGGCACUGAGUAUUGCUCUUCCUGGGCCUCAGCUUUCUUGUCCAUAGAAUGGAAGCAAGACUUCUAGCCUAGCAGGACUUUGCCAUUUCUCGGAGAACAGCAGGGUGACCAGGCCCCUCUGUGCUGCACCUCUGACUAUACCCUGACAAGACUCCCCCCCAAGUCACUCUUUCUCUGAGCAGUCCUGGUGGAUCCUUCUGUGCCCUAUUCCUGCCCCCACCAGAUUUGUGGCCAUUUCUCCUGCAGACCUCUAUCCUUUGGGGGUGUCCAGGAUUCCUCGUAGAAGGGUAAGGGGGACACCUGUUUGAGCAUAGGGUGGGAAACACUCUCCAACUCUUGCUGGAGGACUAGAAGCAGCCAUGAGCAAAAGCCCUGAGGACUCCUCUGUGUCUCUGGUGGCAUUGGGACCUGGGUGUUCCCAAGGAGAAGGCCACCAGCCUGGCAGCUCAGUGCUCUGGGAGAGGGGCUCAGGCGGAAAACAGAUGAGUGGAGAGACAGGAAGGGUCCUCCACUGGGAGACAGGCCCAAGUGUGUUAGCUGUUUCUUGCUAGCUGUAGGAUCCAGGGCAACUUCCUACCCUCUCUGGGCAAAACAGGACAGUGAGAUCAUUGGUUCUCUAAGCCUUGCCUGAAAUUCACAUUCUUACAGCAUCAUGGAGUCCCAGCAGAGGCAGUGGGAACAUCUCUGCCAGCCUAGGGCACAGAAUGCCCAACUUGGAGUCCCUCAAUGUCCCCCCUGAGAGUCCCCCCUUGGCCUGAGCCCCCUCUCUCAUUUCUGCCGACCAAGAAAGGCCCAGCCAGGCUUCUCUCCUCUUCAAGGCCAUAUCCACCUGUGCCCCAGGGCUUGGGAGACUCCCAAGGGCUGGGUCUCUUGGGUGAGCUCAGAUGCUGGCUUCUCUAUUCUGUUUCCUUCUGUGUGUGUUGUGGGCAGGGGAGGGGCCACCUGCCUUACCUACUGAGUUGCCUUUAGAGAGAUGCGUUUUUCUAGGACUCUGUGCACCUGUUGUAUGUGGUCCCGUGGGCUGACUGCUUUGUACAUGAGAAUAAAUCUAUUUCUUUCUACCAA